AUGAAAGGAAAGGCCAUGUGCCAUGAGCAUGCACGAGAAAUAGUGUUUUUCUGCCAGGAUCAUUCUAAGCUUUGCUGCCUUUCAUGUGUUCUCAUUCACCGGAAAUGUGACCAAUUGGAUGAAAUAGUCAAAGUAUUCAGACAAACACGACACGACCUGCAAGCAUUAAAACAAUCAUUGAUACAAUUGCAAUCCGAGGCUGACGAUAUUAUCUCAGAGUUUAAGAAGUCUGAGGCUGUUUUAAAUGAGUCUAUUGCAAAGAUUUCUUCAGAGGUGGAUACGAUUAAAGAUCGUAUCAUAAAACUGUUUGAAGAAGCAAAGCAGAGAUUAAUAAGUGAAGCAAAACAAUUUAAAACUGAAGAAGUAAAACGGAUUGAGAAUAAACGGGAUACCUCGUUCAAAGUUAAGGAAGAACUAAAUAAGGCAUCCUCGAUGUGUUGUGACGUUUUAGACCGCGGAACCCCCAGUCAACAGUGUAUUUAUUCAGAACAAAUGAAGGAGAAACGGAAAACUAUCGAAUCAAUUAUAGAUGACCAGAGAAAGAUUAAAUGUUCAUCAACAAUGACAGUGUCUUUUCCAAAACAGGUUACUUCACUCAUUGAGAUGGGAAGCAAUUCUAUAAAACAGAAUUUUGAUGUCAACAAGACAGUUGAUACCAGUCCCAUCAGAUUAUUAUCCCAACCAAAGCCAGUCACCCUGGAGCUCCUCGUAUCCGUGGAUCUACACACGACUGGAGAUGAUGAUGAGGAACCUUACCUCACAGGACUGGACUUCCUGCCGGACGGAAGACUUGUUUCCGUGGAUAACUAUAACUGGAAAUGUAUCUUACUGAAUGAGCGACUACAGAGACUCGGAACACCUUACAAGUUCAAUACAAAACCAUGUGAUGUAGGCCUGGUGACACGGUGCUGGUGCAGUAGGAGGAAGCACUCCAUCGUGCAACUGAGUGUUGAUGGGGACUUACUCGGCAUCUACCCAGUGGAUAUGUGGUACCCGCACAACAUAUGUGUGUUUAAGGAUGGCACUAGGCUGGCGGUGUCUGGCGGCGCUGCAGAAGCACCGAAACUUUAUUUGUAUAAGAUCUCACCGACAAUGAGUUAG